CCCACCAUUGCACUCUCGCUACUUUGCACACGUGUGUGGCUUUCCUUUUUCUUUCCUCCUUCGCCUGCGUUGUGCUUGGUCGCUGCACUCGCUCUUCCCCGCGCUGAGACGUUUUGCGCCUACUAUACAUAACAACAACCAAUCGACCGUUGCUUAGCCGAUUCACACGUGCACGCACAGGUGACAUCAGCCUACCAGCCGUGCCCUGCCCUGUCCCCCCGCGUCCCGCACCUCGACCACCCGCAAAACACCCCAGCCGUAAACACACACGUAUACCGGUAAACACCCAAGUCGGCCUUUUACCACAACCGCAACCAUGGGCAAAGCCGGGCGCUUCGCGUGCAUCCUCACGCCCAUGCUACUCACCCUUGCAUCGCUGAUAUGCUUUAUUAUCGUUAUGAUGGGUCAAACGCCGUGGAAGGGCAACAAUGCUCCUGCCACGGACCUGGGCAAAGAUUUAUACUUUUUCAAGGCGGAUACAAGCAACAUGACGCUCGACUCCAAGACAAUCCUCGACAAACUGCCCCAAGGCAUUAAGCCCAACAACGCUUUCCUCGACGCCCUCCGCGGCAAGGCCGACUCCAAGGACCUCAAGGACUUUUACCAGGUCGGUCUCUUCUCCUACUGCGAGGGCGACAUCAACAACAAGACCGGCGAGGAGAAGAUUACCUACUGCUCUGCCCGCAAGUUCCAGUUCCACUUUGAUCCUCUCAAGGUCUGGGACAUGAACGGCACCAGUCUGCAGGAGGCUCUGGGCAGCAAGUACGAGGAUGGAAUGAAUGUGUACAAAAAGGUGGCCGGUUGGAUGAACUGGGCCUUUGUCAUUACCCUGAUUUUGACCAUUUCCGAGCUGGUCGUGGGUAUCUUUGCCGUCUUCUCCAGGUGGGGCAGCUUUGUUACUACCAUUGUCUCCACGGCCCAAGCCGUCUUCGCCAUUGCCGCAGCCGCCACCGCCACAGCAACCUACGGCACACUGACGGGUGUCUUUAAGACGGCCCUGGAUCCUUACAACAUCCACAUCUCCAUGGGCUCGCGCAUGCUCUCUACCCUCUGGCUCGGCGUCGCCUUUUCAAUCGCCUCAGGCUUCUUCUGGCUCAUCAGCACCUGCUGCUGCAGCGGAAAGAGCCCCCACAAGAAGAUGGUUGUCGAGAAGACUCCCUACACAUACGAGCGUGUUUCCAGCCCCGCGUUUGGCGGCCAGCAGGGACAUCAAAUGCAGCAGUGGCCCGGAAACUCCAAGCAGACGGGUGCUACCGCCUACGAGCCCUUUAGGUCGCACGCUUAA